AUGACAGCUCGUACAGAAAUCGAGCAUCGCAAUCUCUACUACAAGCGGCGUUCCUCUUGCAGUGGUAUGUAUAAGAGUGAGCCACAGAAGGCCCGAUCCCAGACCUCCGCCACAACCGAAGGCGAAACUAGCGCCGCCCGUGAGGAAGAAAUGAUUCGUUCCCGUCCGCCACGUGUCAAAUCGACAAGUGUCUGCGUCGGAUCUCUCCAGCUGGAAGGUGAGCGUCGGCUGACAAAACCACCGCCCCGAACGCUCAACGACUUCCAAUUUCUGAGUCCGGAAACCCUGACCAUGCAGAAUUACGAACUACAAACUAUAAGACCGCCGGCGAUAUCGACCUCGGAGAUUUUCAACGAGCCACCGCCCGUUUAUAUCUAUCGGGUGAUUCCGCCGCAUGAAAGACACCAAACGUCGAAAAAGCCGCCGAAUAAAGUGGUAGAAUACCUAAAAGAGCACAAACACACACUGAUCGCAUGGUCAUUUGGAAUGUUCGCUGUGACACUAUGCGUCAUUGUGGUCGCUUUGCAGUGUCGAUCGAAUUUUAAGUAA